AACACAAUAAUUAGUGACCAUUAAAACAAAUUAAGAAAAAACAAAAACCUACGAUUUCUAUAGUGUUGAGAAAUGCCCACGUCUACGUUUGACGAAUGCAAAAGAAAAGGAUGAAAAGGAGAAGAAGAAGAAGAUGACGAUGAUGAUGAUGAUAACGAUAACGAUGAUGAUGUUAAUGGCACUUAUGUUGGGAGCAGCGGCGGCGUGCAUCGUGGUGUUGGUUCCAUUGGGAAUGGCUGGAUGGCAUUUGAGUCGAAACAGCGUGCUCCUUUUCAGCGGCGCCAUUUUAAUUACUCUAUCUGUUUGCGUCCAUUUCACCCCCUAUUUUUCCUCCGUUUCCGAUUACGUUACCUCCGUUUCUUCCGUUGCCGUCUUCCAUCGCCCUAAAUCUUCUUGCAUGAAUCUGAUCCACCGGAUUCAUUGGGAGGUGAAGCCCAACGCCUCUCUUCUAAGUUUUAAUGCCACCCAAAACCUCUCUUCCUCUUUCGAUUUUUAUGAAAAACACUGGGAUUGGUCCAAAACCCAAAGGAUCAAGGCUUGCCGCAUCCACAAGUUGUCUAAACCCGAAGCGUCCCAUUUGAUAAACGGCUCCUGGGUGUUGAUCGCAGGUGAUUCGCAAGCUCGAUUGUUCACCCUCUCUCUAUUGAAUUUGAUUCUGGGUUCCGAACCCCAACGCAUGGAUUCUGUUAAAACUGCUUUGUUUAAGAGGCACAGUAAUUACAGCAUUUCAGUUGAUGAAAUCGGUAUGAAAUUGGAUUUCGUUUGGGCACCUUAUGUAUUGAAUUUAACCCAUUUGUUGACGGAUUUCAAGACUAAAAAGAAAUACCCUGAUGUUAUGGUAAUGGGGGCUGGUCUAUGGCAUAUGCUUCAUGUAAGCAACCCAUCAGAUUACGAACUUGUUUUGCAAACGUUAAAAAGUUCCUUGGUUUCUUUGUUUCCAUUUUCAACCGAGUUAGGCAUUAAGUCACCACCCCAUUUGUUUUGGCUCGGGUUUCCGAUGCUCAUCAAUGGGAUGUUGAAUGCACACGAGAAAAGGGUACAUAUGAUUGAUGCAAUGUGGCAUGCCUAUGAUAGAGCCCUCAGCGAGAGUAGGCUAUUGCGCCAAACUGGUGGUCCUAUGAUCUUGUUAGACAUCCAGUCUUUGACUUGGAAUUGUGGGGCGCAUUGUACCUAUGAUGGCAUGCAUUAUGACACAGCUAUCUAUGAAGCUGCUGUUCAAAUCAUGCUUAAUUCAUUGCUUAUUAAAUCUCGUCACAGGCAUUGAAGCCGCUAGCAGUUUUUGUUUUCCUAAAUUGUAUCGACCCGCUGACCGAUCAAGUAUUCUCAUUCCUCAUUUUCCCGCGCUGCGUUGCACAGCAUCAUGCUUACAAUUUGGUACCGUCUUUUUGAAACGCUCAUAGGUCUUUCAAGUCUUUUUCAUCCCAACAUGCACCUCUUAAGUUUGAACUGAAGACCUCAUUGCAACCAUUGUAUUAUAACACUGGAUUGUGUGUACAAUGUUGAGCGACAUAGCCUGGAAAAAAUGAGAGUACCUGGUAGUUCGAUGGGUUGUGAUAAACUAGUUAGCUUUCCACCAAAAAACUAAUGGGCUUACAGCAAGCUUCACAAGCAUUUGUCCCUUGAGACAGCUAGUGAGGGUCAUUUCUACUUGCCAAUCUAGAAUCUUUGAUUCUUGCCAAGGUUUCCCAAGGCUCUAGAUUAAACACACUAGUAAACUUUCUGUGUAUAUUGGAGGUUUUUUUUAAUUACUGUUUUAUUUUUUUGAUAUUUCACAUGUUUGUAUAGUAUAGUUA